UGUGUGUUUUUUUUUUAGGUUAAACAAAUAUUUCAUUACAUUUAAAAAAAAAUACAUUUUCUGGUGUUAGUCCUUUUUUCCUGAAGAAGACAAUGGACGAUAAAAGGAAAGUUUGUAUUAUUGGAGCAGGACCUUGUGGUACCUCAGCAUUGUUUCAUUUUGAUCAGAUCAGCGAUUCUUCGACGGAAGUCGUCUGCUACGAGAAGAGCGACACGUGGCUUGGACUUUGGAACUUAACAUGGAUGACCGGAACUGAUCAAUUUGGAGAACCAUGUCAUGGUGGCAUGUACAAACAUCUGUGGUCAAAUGGCCCAAAAGAAGGCUUAGAGUACCCAGAUUACACAUUCACUGAUCACUUUGGAAAAGCAAUACCAUCGUUUCUUCCACGACCGGUUAUACGAGAUUACUUGGAAGGCAGGCUUGUCAAGAAAAGCAAAUCAGAUUUAAAGCGGUUUAUCAAAUGGAACACUUCAGUAAGAUAUGUGAGGUACAACAAAAAGGCAGAUGACUUUACAGUUACAACUGAAGAUCUUAAGACAGGCCAUACAGUCGACACCAAUUUCACACACGUGAUAGUUGCCGUAGGAAUAUUCAAUACCCCAGACAAACCAUACUUUGAAGGCAUCGAGACCUUUCCUGGGAGAGUAAUACAUUCACAUGACUUCCGUGACGCUACACAGUUCAAAGGUCAGCGUGUUUUGGUUGUUGGAGCAAAGUAUUCGGCAGAGGACAUAGCGUUGCAAUGUUUGAAAUUUGGGGCCAAAAGUAUUGUGACGUCGUAUAGAUCGAGUCCAAUGAAUUUUAAAUGGCCGGUUGGAAUUGAAGAAAGGCCAAUAGUUCAGACAAUUGAAGGCAAAGUGGUACACUUUCUUGAUGGCAGUUCUACUGAAGUUGAUUCAAUCAUCCUGAGCACUGGUUACAAGUACAAAUUCCCAUUCAUGGAGGAUAAUUUACGUCUGUCUUCAUCCCGUACUUUAUAUCCUACUAGCUUAUACAAGGGAUCCCUGUGGUUACAGGAAGGUAACAAGAAACUGUUUUACAUGGGAGUUCAGGACCAGUUUUUCUCUUUCACAAUGUUUGAUGCCCAGGGCCUCUGGAUAUGCAGGUAUAUAACGGACACGCUACCAAACAAACUAACCAAUUGUGACGAAAUGAAGAAAGAAGCACAGCAAUGGAUACAGAGAUGUAGAAACCUGAAAGGAAACAUUGAACAAAUUGACUUUCAGGCUGAUUUUAUCAAAGAUCUUAGCGACGGAACUGGAUAUUCGCCCGAUGCACCUAAGGCAAAUAAAUUUUUCCACAAGUGGGAUAGCGAUACAUAUAAUAUGCCUAAACAGUGUAUACUUUUGGAAUGCUUAGUUGUAUUUUAUUCUUACCCUAUAAAAAGUAUGUUAAGCUUUAUAUUUUACAUUUUGACAACAUGCUUGAUUGUAACACCAUAA